UCUUGUCUUCUGCUUGGACAUUAAAAUUAGCAUAGAUUUCCUCUUCUCCUCAGUUUCGUUUCCAGUUUCACAUUCCUGUCCGCGUCUUCUUUCCUUCUUACAGCUGCCGCUUCUCUAGCACACGGUGUACGAACUCUUUAACUUAAAAGUAUUCUAUUUGCCAAGAAUAAAAUUUCUUCUAUAUUUUUAGUUUUAUUUAUAUAUAUUUAGUUCUAAGAAACCAACAAGAAUUGCUAUUAAUUUUAUAUAUAUUUUUGCUAGCUUCUUGGCACCCCCACAAAGCCUUUGAUUCUCGUGUUCUUGUUUUUUUGGUGUUUGAAUAAUUUGCAUGCAUGUUAAAGAAAAUGGAUUUUGAUGAGAAGCAAAGUUUUGUUCUUGGUGGUAAUGCAAUGAUGGUCAAGUUAUCAAGAUUUUCUUGGCCACCACUUCUUAUCUUGAUCACCCUUUUAGCUCUUUUAUCCUUUCAAAUCACAUCCAAGACCGUCUACCCGAUGAAGAUUGCGUUUACUUCUUCGACGUCGAAAGACGAUAUCGUGGCCGAUUCAAGAACCUGUGUGGGGUUCUUCGGAGAGUUGCCGGAGAGAAAAGCUGUGAUAUCGAUAAAAGAUUUUGGUGGGGUUGGUGAUGGGAAAACGUCUAAUACCGAAGCGUUUCGGAAGGCGAUGAGGUACGUGCAAGGUUUCGGGGAGAGAGGUGGGGCCCAGUUGAAUGUGCCCGAAGGAAGAUGGGUUACAGGGAGUUUUAAUUUGACAAGUAAUUUCACUUUGUUUCUUGAAGAAGGUGCUGUUAUUUUGGGUUCUCAGGACCCAAAGGAAUGGCCUAUCAUAGAGCCAUUGCCUUCUUAUGGAAGAGGGAGGGAGAGAUUAGGGGGGAGACAUAUUAGCCUUAUUCAUGGAGAUGGCCUCGCAAAUGUCGUCAUCACAGGAAACAAUGGGACAAUUGAUGGCCAAGGGAAGAUGUGGUGGGAAUUAUGGUGGAACAGAACAUUGGAGCACACCAGAGGCCACCUUGUAGAACUAAUGAAUUCUCAAGACAUUCUCAUCUCCAACCUUACCUUUCGCAAUUCUCCAUUUUGGACCAUUCAUCCAAUUUACUGCAGCAAUCUUGUUGUUAAAGACAUGACAAUCUUGGCUCCUCUCAAUGCCCCAAAUACUGAUGGUAUAGACCCUGAUUCAAGCACAAAUGUGUGUAUUGAGGACUGUUACAUUGAGAGUGGGGAUGAUCUUGUGGCAGUGAAGAGUGGCUGGGACCAGUACGGUAUAAAAAUGGCUCGUCCAAGUUCAAACAUUAUAAUUAGGAGAGUAUCGGGUACCACCCCUACUUGCUCUGGGGUUGGAAUAGGUAGUGAGAUGUCUGGAGGGAUUUUUAACGUAACUAUUGAAGAUUUGCAUGUCUGGGAUUCUGCUGCCGGUGUGAGAAUAAAAACUGACAAAGGCAGAGGAGGAUAUAUAGCAAAUAUCACUAUAAGUGAUAUAACAAUGGAGAGAGUUAAGAUACCGAUAAGGUUCAGUAGUGGCUCUAAUGACCACCCUGAUGAAAGAUGGGAUCCUAAAGCAGUUCCAGUUGUGAAGGGCGUUUCUAUCACUGAUUUGAUUAGUUUUAAUUCAACAAAAGCCCCAGUAUUGGAGGGAAUUGAGGAUGCACCAUUUGGUGGUAUAUGCAUGAAGAAUAUUAGCUUGCUUGGAGUGGUAUCAUCUGCUUCAUGGCGCUGUGAAUUUGUCUCAGGUUUUGCAAAUGACGUGUUUCCAACACCGUGUCCUCAGCUGCAGAUUGAUAACUCUUCAUCUUGGUGUUCAUACUCUUAAUCUUCUUCGGUCAAACUUUAUUGAAUUUUUGGAGCUGGUGGUUUGCUCUGAUUGUUUUCAAGACGGGUUUGCAUUGAGAAAAUUACAAAUAGAAGACAAUACUGCGGAAGGGGUUGAAUCGAUCACUUUAGGGAUUGAGCAUUUUGUAAGUUAUCUCUGGAGUGAUGAAGCUCAGAAGAUGCUGCGUGGACUGCUUGCUAGGUACUGAACUUUGAUUUUCACAUAUUUGUGAUUGCCUUGUGCAAUUUUUCAUUGCCAAAGUGAUUUUCCAACUUUGGAUCUCAUUGGUCGCCGAUGGCAGCAUAUGAAUAUACCAUAAUGUAUAUCUGAGGAUUCAACUGAGCCCCAACCACAGAGAGAACGAAGGACCAGUCACUUGUACCAAAAGAACACAGGAAAAUUUAAUAGAAGUGACAUUUUCCAGUAUUCUAGUAUCGAUUACUUGUACAAAACAAAAAAUAUUAGGAAAGUUUUGUAGGAAUUUAGUAGAUGUUGUAUUCUAGCUUAAGCUCCAUUCACUUGUACACCAUGUUUUGUGCUCCAAACUGUUGUGGAAGAAUAGGUCAUUUUUGUUCAGAUAUUA